AUGUCAGCUGAUACCUCUCAUGGCUUGACGGAUCUCCUGCAUUUGCUUGGAUCCAACAUUGUCAACGCCGACGAGAAGGCAUUUCGGGUAUUCCUCGAACAGCUCGAUGAGCUUGACGAAGUAGUUAGCCUUCCAAGUAGAUCUGUCUUCCCUAACCAUCUUGCUCCAAUCGACUUAGCCUUACAAUCGAUGAAUGUUCCUGAUGGAUCGAGGUGGAACAGCUUGGCACCUUCCUGGUCGACUCCGGCGAAUAGCAUAGCGACACCAAAUGGACGGGACAUCGAAGCCUUCACAUCGUCGUCACCGAACUGA